ACAUAUGUCUCAAAAAAUAUAUAGACAAACAAACAAACAAACAAACAAACAAUAAGAGGGCUGGGAAGAUGGUUCAGUGGUUAAGAAGACUGGCUGUUCUUCUAGAGGACCCAAGUUUGAUUCCCAGAACCUACAUGGUGGCUCCAGUCCCAGGGAAUCCUACAUCCUCCUCUGGGCUCCUGGGGCACCAGGCACACACGUGGUGCACAGCCAUGCACAGAGGCAGUACACCCCCACGCAUAAAAGAAUUUGAAAAAUAAAAUGAAGUGGAGCUGGGCAUAGUGGCGCACACCUUUAAUCCCAACACUCGGGGCCAGCCAGGACUAUAAAAGUUUCAGGAGGGAGGGGGCUACAGCUGGGAUACAAAGUGAAUAAACUAAUAAAAAAUAAAAAUAAAAAGAAUUAAAAAAAAAAGUUGCAGGCCAUCCAUGUGGACUACUUAGUGAGACAUUGAUUUUAAAGGGGGAGGGGCUUAAAAUAAAACAAAACCACUAGGCUGAAAAAGUAGGGAGGGGUUAGGGCAGUGAGCAAAGGAGUCCCAGCAUUGCCAUGGGCCAAAGGCCAUCAGUUGUCAGCAGACACACCAUAGGGUUUUUCACUUCAGUUGCCUAGAAAUGGGAAACACUGGGGCUCGGCUGGCUGGUGCCGAGGGUCUGACAGGAUAAGCCUCUGGGAAAAUCUCCAAGAUCUGAUGAUGUGCCUGGAUGUGGAGAGGAAGGCACCAAGAUUAACUUGACUGAACAGGGUGGCCAACCCAUCGGCUUAAACUGGUCUUUGCAGAAGAGUAAGGGUAUGUGGCUAUCCCAUCUCAGCGUCCCCAGAGCCUCUCGCCAGCGGCGGGGGAGGGAGUGCGAGCCUUUCCUGUAGGGGGUGCUGUGGUGAUGUGGUUGCCGCCAAGCACGCGCGUGCGUCAGCGGGCAGGGACCGGGCCUCCGGAAGCCGGGAACCCACGUGGUCGUCCGGGCGGCGAGCGUCCCGGCUCGAGUGUCAGGGUGUGGGCAAUCUUUCCGUGGGGACUCGGAGCAGUUUGUCCUGCGUGAGGUGACGAGGUGUGGGAGGCCAAGGCGUCUUCACCUGUCCAUUAGUGGAGUCCCGGGCGCUGCUGGAGCCAUGCGAUCCCUCUGCACGGUCGGAGGCUUCGGUCGCCUGCUGGCCCGCCGUUUCUCCGGGGUGGCGCGGCCUGGCGGGGAGGAGCUGAGCCGCCUGCUUCUGGACGACCUGGCGCCGGCUCAGCGGCUGGAACGCCUGUUCGGCCUGUCCCCGUGCCUCCUGGCCCUGCGGGCCGCCCGCCGGCAUGUGGCCCGGCUCCUGCUCCAGGCCGGUAAGGCUGGGCUGCAGGGGGAGCGGGCCGAGCUGCUCCGGGUGGCCGAGGCCCAGGGCAUCCCUGUCCUGCGGCCCACGAGGCGGAAACUGGACGCCUUGUGCGGCUACGGGGUGCACCAGGGCGUGUGCAUGGAGGUGAGCCCCCUGCGGCCCCGGCCUUGCGAUGAGGCUGCGGAGGCGAGCCCAGGCGACGACCCUCAGCAGCUGUGGCUCGUCCUCGAGGCGCUCCAGGAUCCCCGGAAUCUUGGGGCCGUGCUGCGCUCCGCUCACUUCCUCGGAGUAGACAGAGUCAUCACCAGCAGGAGAAACAGCUGCCCGCUCACUCCAGUAGUCAGCAAGGCCAGCGCUGGGGCUAUGGAGGUGAUGGACGUGUUCGCCGCUCCUGACCUGGCCGGUUUUCUGCAGGCCAAGGCCCAGCAGGGCUGGCUCGUGGUGGGCACGGUGAGCUGCCCAGGUCCUGAAGUCUCCCAGUCCUCCAAGGUCCCUAUCACUAGCUGCUUAGAGUUUGUCUGGGACCGGCCUACUCUCCUCGUGCUGGGUAAUGAGGGCUCCGGGCUGUCCCAGGAGGUUCUUGCCUCCUGCCAGCUGCUCCUUACUAUUCUGCCAAGGCGCCCCCUGCCUCCUGGUCUCGAGUCCUUGAAUGUUUCCGUGGCCACAGGGAUUCUGCUACACUCCAUAUGCAGCCAGAAGAAGGGUUUCCCAGCACAGGAGCGAGGACAACUCCAAGACAACCCUUGACGACCCUUAGCCACACCUGAAGGACUCAGAGAGGCCCAGUACCCAGGACUGCCACUAUGGGCAGAGAAACAGGCCGGAUGCGGGCGAGUCAGAGUCAGCACGAGCCAGACGUCCGUCCUCAGGCUUGGAUGUGCUGGGCUCUCGGCCUGCGAGAGCCUGUUUACUGGCUACAGUCGGGUGACUUUGCGGUAGAGACCAAAACAAGUCGAAUUUCCAGUUGGAAAUGGUAGUCUGCUCAUUUCCAGGAUGGGCUAGGGCAGAUAGUGUCUGUCUGUCCUGGAUCCUGCCAGACAUGGAGGGGUCAUCUGGGCAUGUGAGGGUGAGGAUGUAGAUGGGACUAUGACAUCCCUACCCCUCAGGGUGAGGAGGAUGAAAUAAAAUGGACUUCACAUCCAGGGAGUCCUCAACAGCGGAGCCCAGUCUCUCCAUUAGGUGGCAGUCUUGCUCUCUGCACCAUAACUUUGCAGCCGCUUGUCGGGGAGACACCUCUCUGCAACCCCUCUGGAGACAGGGAGACUAGCAAGCAGCCCCCGCAUGCUGGCCACUCCAGCCCAGCGGAGGGGACCUAUCACCCAAGCCCUUGCCCUUGAGUCUGAGAGGCCGUGACUUGGGGUCGCUGUUGUAGGACCACUAGGCUUGGUCCUCGCCUCCAGGCUCCCACAAGUGGAGCAGAAGUGACGUUGCUGAGCAGCGGUCUCACUCUGGGCUGCGCGCUGGAACACCUAAGCUUUAAAGAAACAAGCCCAACGCAGCAGCUGCUGUGUGGUGCUGGGAGGGGCAGGCGCAUCCUGGGCAGUAAGAUCUUUCUUUCUUUCUUUCGAGACAAGGUUUCAUGUCCUCUGAACCUAGUGUGUCCUAAAACUUGCUCUUUAGCUGAAACUAUCUCGAACUUCUGAUCCUCCUGCCUCCGCCUCCCAAAUGCAAGAAUUUCAGAUAUACCUCACUAUGCCCAAUUUAUAAGUUGCUGGGCAAGGAUCCCAGGGCUUUGUGCGAGCUGGGCAAGCACUCUACCAACUGAGCUACGUCUGAGCCCCUAGGCUGGAAAAGCCUUGGCUGUAGAAACUGUCCCGAGCACAGUGAGAUGUACCCACUAGGUGCCGGGGAGUCUGCACCCCAUCUCCCACUAUGAAACGGAAACUGUCCACACGUGGCUGGAUCAUCUCCGACUGCCCUCAGCGAGGGGUCGGGGGACCACAACCCCUGGAUCGCAACCCUGGUUGCCGUGAGACCCGGACAAGUUGCCUCCACACCUUUGUAUCCUCGGAGGAUAUAGAGAACAACAGGAACUUGCUACCACACCGGAAGUGCGGCGGUGGAUGCUGGUACUCAGCUCACUUUCUCCUUUUUCGUUUAGUCCAGGACCCCCGCCGUGGGGUGGUGCUGCCCACACUCAGGCGGAUUUUCCUUCCGUCCUCUCUGGAGCACAGCUAUGCCCCUAGGUGCGUCUCCCAGGGGAUUCCAAACCAGGGGUUAGUGACAAUGAGGAUGAACCAUCAGGGCCCACGAUCACCUCAACCUUUCAAGAAAGACAGCAAACCCUUCAACACCAUUCCCCACCAGCAUUUCCAUCUUGAACUCUGUCCCCAGCUGCUGCGCAAGCUCUAGUGUCCACUGAGCUUGAGUCCGACAGACCCUGCCUCACUCAGAGCCUGCUGAAAGGAUUUGGUUCUUUCUCUUUUAUUGUCUUGUCAUUUCUAUUAACUCAAAUAGAGAUCUUGAACAUUGCCUGUGCCUUGGGGUGGAAGGGGAUGGCUGUUAAUGCCCAGAGACACCAGAUCAAUUAAAUAACAGUCUCCAGGGAAGGA